AUGCGCUCUCCUCCCAAAUAUUCUUCUUCUUCUUCUAUACCUUGUCCACAACUUUGCUCGAUAAUUCCUUCACUACUUUGCUUGAUCGUUGCGAGCAUCGCCAUCAUCGCCACUGCCACAGCAAAAGCACCAUCAAUCUGCUCGCAAAGAUGUGGAGAAAUCCUCGUACCUUCGCCGCUCAGCUCGCUUCCUGGAUGCGGUCACCCCCAGCUCCAACUCGAGUGUAGCACCUCCAAGCAGCACCACCAAGAGCACUUCGCUCUCCUCCUCCGCACCGACACCGAGAGCUUCCGUGUCCUCCAGGUCACUGCCACGACUCUGGUGAUCGACGCGACCAGCCUCAAGGCCACGUCUUGCAACGGGAGCGAGGCCACCGCGAGCUUGGGCUUGAAGCCAACGUCUCCAUACUUCCUCUCCGGGAACAACGAGUUCUUCCUCACCGGUUGCAAUGCCGGGGGCAACUACUCCACGGAUCUCUACCCGACUGCGUCCAGGUGCCAGACCGGUUGUCCCAACUCCCGCAAUCGCACCGCUAGCGCCCGCAAUCCGUUUUGCACGCUUGAAGACUGCUGCGUCACCACGAUUCCGGCUGGAGCUCGGAGUGUUGUUUUGACGAGCUGUGCUCCAAGGUCUUGCGGCUUCUCCAGCGUGAUCUUCCCAAAGAGCUACGUGCCUAGUGACUCGAGCUAUGGCGUUGAGUUGAUCUGGGAGGUACCUGGGAGCACCUGCGCUUCAGUCGAUGACAUAAAUCUCUGUUCUACAAACGCUAACUGCGUAAACGCGAGCAACGUACCGGGUUACAACUGCUUGUGCAAGGAUGGAUUUGCUGGUGACGGAUACCGCAAUGGAAGUGGCUGUUUGCCUGUUGAUCACUGUAGCCCCGGAUCGUGUGCACCAAAAGCUCGCUGUAUCAACGAAGGAACAUCAUUUCGUUGCAAGUGUUUGGCGGGGUAUGAAGGAAACGGUACCUUGACUGGUGGCUGCGCGAUAAAGCGAUACGUUAUUCUUCUUCCUGCUAUAGGCGCACCAGCUCUUCUCGUUUUUGGAUUUUUCCUCUGGAAGUUCCGGCCGAAAUUGUCCGCACUGUCAACUAGAAACUUGAAACAUCUUCAGGCCAGUUUCAAAGAAAACUCAAGGAUCUUUACCUGGGCAGAGAUGGAGAGAGCCACCAAGUGCUUCAGAAGCGACCUCAAGCUAGGCACUGGCAGCUUUGGCACAGUCUACAAGGGUAAACUGGACGACGGCACCACGGUGGCUAUCAAGAAAGCCAACAACGGCAAUGCCCCUCGCAUUCAACAGUUUCUGAACGAGGUUACUAUCCUCUCGAAAGUGAACCACAGAAAUCUCGUCAAGAUGCUGGGAUGUUGCAUAGAAAGAGAGGUACCUCUCUUGGUCUACGAGUUCGUGCCAAGAGGAACACUGUACGAGCAUCUGCACAGACGCGGAGAUACAUUAUCCUGGAAAAACCGUUUAAGAAUUGCGACGGAGACAGCGGAGGCUCUUACGUACCUUCACUUUGCAGCUUCUCCGCCGAUAUAUCACCGGGACGUCAAAUCCUCGAACAUCUUGUUGGACGAAAAGCUCACGGCCAAAGUAGCGGACUUUGGGAUUUCCAAGCUGGUACCCAUAGAUUCCACUCACAUUUCCACAACUCUGCAUGGAACACCGGGUUACAUAGAUCCACAGUACCAGCAAAGCUAUCAGCUUACAGAUAAGAGCGACGUUUACAGCUUUGGAGUAGUCAUCUUGGAGCUAAUAACAGGUCAGAUGCCUGUAGACUUCUCUCGCUGUGCUUCAGAUAAAAACCUGUCCACAUUUGCAAUGAGCGUCAUACAAAGAGGAGCCAUCAGCGAGUUGAUCGACAAGAGGUUGGAUGCUAGAACUCCAGAAAUGCUGGAGUGCGUUGCAAAAGUUGCAAACUUGGCAGCUUUGUGCUUACAGUUCGACGGAAGUAGCAGGCCGACAAUGAAGUUUGUUCUUGAAGAGCUUAAAAAGGCAAUGCAACCCCUUAUGGAGUAAGAAGUUUCUAACAAACUUUUGCAAUA